UUAUUACACAAAAGUUUACACAUGUUUAACUUUAUAGGUACGAAAUACAGUUCUUGGUGAACAUAACCCGAGAAGUGCCCUAUAAGUACGCGGUUGUGUUGUUCGGCUAUAUUAUGCCGUUUCUACUUAUCAUCACAAUAAUCGCCAACACAUUAAUUGUGAUAGUGUUGGCACAAACCCAUAUGCGAACGCCCACUAAUCUGGUGUUGUUGGCGAUGGCCAUCGCCGACCUGUUAACGCUACUAUUCCCGGCACCAUGGUACUUUUACAUGUACACAUUCGGCAACCAUGAUAAGAUCCUAUACCCUCCGAGUGCCUGUUAUGCCUACCAUAUAAUGAUUGAAGUGUUGCCCGCGUUCUUCCACACGGCGUCCAUUUGGUUAACACUACUCCUCGCCGGCCAGAGGUAUAUCUAUGUGUGCCAUUUGACAACAUCGCGCACGUGGUGUACAGUUCCCCGCGUAUGCAAAGCAAUGGUAUUCAUAUUUAUUAUGGCUUUCUGUCAUCAAAGCACCCGAUUUGUGGACAGAGAGUUCACGUCCGUUAACUUCCUCUGGAAUGACACCCCGCGGACGGGCUGUCAGUUUGAGACCGCAAAAUGGGUAAACGAGACAUUAGGCGAAGACACGUAUUACAUACUAUACUAUGGGUUUCGCAUAGUGUUCGUACACAUCGGUCCCUGUGCUCUACUAGUGUUGUUAAACCUCUCGCUGUUUCGGGCGCUGAGGAAAGCGCAACGAAAACGGGAGAAACUGUUUAACGAGAACCGAAAGUCUGAGUGCAUUAAACUGCGGGACUCGAACUCGACGACCAUAAUGCUAAUAGUGAUCGUCACCGUAUUCCUGAUGCUGGAGAUACCGUUGGCGGUGACAACGCUGUUGCACGUCAUGCAAAACGCGUUGGCCAUCGUUAUA